AUGUCCGUCACAAUUGCGUCAACCACGUCUACUCUGCCCCCCGAACAAGACGUCACAAGUCUGCCAUCCUCUCCUCCUCCUCCUCCACCGCUCGCGUCUUCGCCAUCGCCAUUGAGUCGACUGCACCAGAAACCGAUAUCAGUCACGCUCACGGGCUUCAGCAUCUUCACCCUCUCCGCCUCCCUCCUCGUAUCAAUCCACUGGCUGGGAUCGACCCUCACCCAGUGUCUCAUUCUCGCGGCGCCCCUCCUCGUGCUCGUCCACAACGACUACGAAAACUUCCUCAACCUCGGCCCCGGGGGCACGCCCCACACCUUCUACGGCUACCUGCAGAUAUCGUGGUGGCGCCUCUGGGCUCUCCGCGAUCCCUUCACGCCGCCGGCCCACCUCGCCGUCAACCAUGCCUCGGCCUCGGGCGUGCUGCGCUCCCAGAACCUGCCCUACCGCCCCGGCCCACGGCCGCGAGUCGUGGGCAUCGCUCCCCAGCGACAGUUGGACCAGCACGGCGCUCGGAAUGGCUACCAGACGCUGCGCGCGGCAAUGGUGAAGCUGGGGGACGGGAGUCCCCUCAAGUUCGGGACGGAGAGGUCGUGUGUGGAAAAGCACGGGCUGGCCUUGUUUGCGAAACAUGCGCUGCGGACCAACUGCCAGGGCGAGAUUGUCCACGUCCACGACUCGGAUCACUCCAUGCACAUGUGUUUGCAUCCGGAUGACAUCGGCGAGGUCCUGGGCAAGGGAUGGGGGCAGAUGCAUCCGCUUGCGAGAAAGCGCUGGUUUCUGCAGAUGCCCGUCGCGGCGAAUUUUGUCAUGAUCUAUGCUCCGAGGAAUGAGCAUGAGCUGCAAGUCGUCUAUAGAAUCAUCGAAGCGGCCAUCUGGUACAUUUCGGAGGAGAAGGCCUCGCUGUCUUAG